CGUGGCGCCUGCGCAGGCGCAGAGCAGGUGCCGGAAGUGUCGGAAGCGGAUCCCGGCGCGGCGAAGGGGCGCUGCAGCCGCGCCGCUCCCAGCCUGCUCCGCUCCUUGCCGGGGUCGUCUGCGCCCGGAAGAUGUUGCCUUUGUCCAUCAAGGACGAUGAGUACAAACCGCCCAAGUUCAACCUGCUCAGCAAGGUCUCGGGCUGGUUCAGGUCCAUCCUGUCCGACAAGACCUCGCGGAACCUGUUCUUCUUCCUCUGCCUCAACCUCUCCUUCGCUUUCGUGGAGCUGCUCUACGGCAUCUGGAGUAACAGUUUAGGUCUAAUAUCAGAUUCCUUUCAUAUGUUCUUUGACUGUACUGCUCUACUGGCCGGAUUAGCAGCUUCUGUCAUUUCAAAGUGGAGAUCAAAUGAUGCUUUCUCAUAUGGGUAUGUUCGAGCAGAAGUACUGGCUGGUUUUGUAAAUGGUCUGUUUCUGAUCUUCACAGCAUUCUUCAUUUUCUCUGAAGGCGUUGAGAGAGCAUUGGAGCCUCCUGAUGUGCAUCAUGAGAGACUUCUUCCUGUGUCUAUAUUAGGAUUCCUUGUGAAUCUUAUAGGAAUAUUUGUUUUUCAACAUGGAGGCCAUGGACACUCACAUGGCUCUGGGCAUGAGCACAGUCAUUCUCUAUUUAAUGGUGUUCUCAGCCAUGGACACAGUCACGGAGGUCACGGUCACAGCCAUGAAUCCAAACAUGGCCAUGGGCAUUCUCAUGAUCACAGUCAUGGGAAGGGACACUCGCACAAUCAGGAUUAUUGUCAUGAUGAUCACUCUCUUGAAGGAGCUGCAGGAUCCAACAGACAGAUUUUAGAAGGUGUAUUUUUACACAUUGUCGCAGACACUCUUGGAAGUGUUGGUGUAAUCAUAUCAGCUAUACUGAUGCAGAACUAUGGUCUAAUGAUAGCAGAUCCUAUCUGUUCAAUGCUCAUAGCUCUACUUAUAGGAAUAAGUGUUGUUCCACUUUUAAGAGAGUCCAUUGGAAUCUUAAUGCAGCGAACGCCACCUUCCCUGGAAAGUGCCCUGCCUCAGUGCUAUCAGAGGGUUCAGCAGUUGCAAGGAGUUUACAGUUUACAUGAUCCACACUUCUGGACCCUUUGUAGUGACGUUUACAUAGGGACCUUGAAACUAUUUGUAGCUCCUGAUGCUGAUGCCAAGUGGAUUCUAAGCCAAACUCACAAUAUUUUUACUCAGGAUUAACUUCAAUGAGAUCAGCAACAGAGAGAGACAAGAUGAUGAAGGGAGUUUUAUUCGAGCCCAAAUAUUUGUCAGCGAGGAAAACAGGAAUUGCCUGGGUCAGUUAAAAAGGUGUUUGUAGAAAUGUUCUUUUCAGAAUGUGCUCCGGUGGGAAAGUGUUAACUCUGUCUUAUAUCUGGUCCUGGCUACCACAUUGGCAGCAGCCUCAUUUAUGAUGCAACAAAUUGUUUGUACAUCUGGUGAUGUUUCCGAUUACCAGACUAGACAAAGCUCCUGGGUCCUUGGGAAUUCUUUCUAUGAGCUACAAUAAAUCCCAACUAGGACCUCUUCCUUUGAAUUCUGUUUCUAAUGCAUACAGCAUAUCUAGUCCCUUGGGCCCGACUACACAUGAAGCAGAUGCACUGCCUGAAUAACUUUGUCAUCUGUAAAUUUUGCUACCUCAUUACUCACUCUACUUUCCAGGUCACUUAAUUUGUCUUUUUCUUAUGGGGCCCAUGUUGUUUGAAUCUGCUCAAUAAUAUUUAAUUUUACUAUCUGGUUAUGUUCAGGUUUUUACCUUCUAUUACUUGGUGCUGCAGACACUUUCUGUAGUGCAUGUAUUUAGGCAACACAUUGGUAUCUCUAUCGGCACUGCCUCCAUUUUUAGUGAAAAGAUGCUUUUGAAGUCUUUGCUGCACUGAACCAACUUAAAGAAUCCUGAACCAGGUGAACUUGAGGAGCCAGUAAAAAUGAAUGCUUAUUGAUAUUAGUUCCUUGCUUUCUAGCUUGUAUGUUGGAACAUAAAGAGGUUGUGCACUGAUUUCAAGACGACCUCCUAGAAUCACGCUUAUAAAUAAAUCUGUCCUGUCUGAGAAGUUCCGGCAUAUAUGAAUCUAGUUCCGUAAAUAACUAGGAGGCCGCAGGCGCGUUUUUUACAACAAAACAGCUAAUGGGUUGAACAGUUCAGUGUGAAGGUGGCUUACAUAUGUGGGAGGGCCGAUCCUUGGGAAGGCUAGCUUGGCUUUGGGGGAAGUCUGUUUGAAUGGACAGACUUGUAAUUAUUUUGUCAUCUCAAAUCUCUUGAAUCUCCAGUGAAAAAGAUUAUUUUGCUAGCAAGACGUCAACUAUUCUGUAUGUUCAUUCUAGGGGUUGGUAUCAAAUGGACUUAGGAGAAAGGAUACAUCUUCCUUCCCUUUUGAUAUGUGGGAGUAGGUGAAGGUACAGUUGGAGCAAGCAUAUUUUGAGCAGUAGUGGAGAUCAUAGUUCUUAAAGUUGUAAUUUGGCAGGUUAGGCAAAGUGACCUCGGACGCUCAGUAUUCAUUAUUGCUGAAACAAAGUCCACUGCACUUCAGGGACCCAGACAAGUUGUUUUCUUGAGUGUGGUUCUGUUCCUAAAGACUCAAGUCAAGUGAUUCCAGAGUAUGGCACAUCUGUGACUGAGGGCUUGUCUAUGAAUCAUACCAGUAUAAGCUAAGGUAUCCAUUUAAACUGCUAUAACACUCUGUGUGGACAUUCUUAUUCCAGAGUAAAUAUGGCUUUUUCUGGUUUAGUUUAUGCCACUUUGGAAGUAGUUGAAGCUAAACAGCAAAAAGCUACUCUUGUCCACACGGUGACUCUAGCAGUUUAACUAUACUGGUAUAACUUCCUAUGUAGACAAGUCCUGAGAGGCAGAUGUGGAUGUUUUGAUUAUUUGCAUGGAAGCUUAGAAUUUUUUGUGUAGAUCCUGAGCUCACUAAAAGUUGUCUUUCACUACCGUAGUCAUCUAAGCGCCUAGUUGACAUUAAUCUGAUUCUCAGCAAUGUGUUCUCAGUCAGAUUAUUUUUAUUAUUUUUCUCCUGAAGAUGAUUCUGCAUAAUGAACUACGUGCACCACUUUUGCAGCUAGCAGCCUGACUUUAAGGGUUAAUAGUCUCUUAAAUAAUUUACUCAUAAUUUUAUAUACAAUGAUGGCAGAGCUAAGGGCAUUCCCUAAAUUGAAUCUCUUGAGGUUUUUGAGCAGAGGGGUGAUUUGCAAUUUAUGUGCCCAUAGAGUAUUACCAAACGUUAUUUUGGUGUUUCACAUAAAUACACCAUUGCCUGUCUUCUCUACAAAUCCCCAUUAUGCUGUAGGACAGUUUCAUUGCUCAAACUGUCACAUCCUUAUGCUUUGCUUCACUUGAACUGGCAUCUGUUCUAAGGGUUAAAAACACACUUUAAACUUUUUUAAAAUUUGUCACGUGAUCUUUAGAUUGUGGUUGAAGAACUUGUGCUUUAAGAUAAGCUUUUUUAAAACACUGUAGAAGCCCUACACAGCUUUAACUCAUGCACUAAGUUUAGUAGAAUCAUUACUACAGAACAAGCUAUCAAGUAGAUUAUACUUACACAAUAAAAAUGUGUAAGUAUAAUAGCAUUUGGAACUGGGGUACAGUUGCGUAGGUCAUGAUUGUUCAGUUUUCUAAUUCUCCCUCUUUUUUG